AUGGCUACAACUAUUGAAAAAAAUUGUUGUGCUAUAUGCAACAAAGAAAAAGCCAAAUCGAAAUGUGAAGGAUGUUCAAAAGAUUUUUGCUCCAGUCAUUUUGCAGAUCAUCGUCAAGAAUUGAGUAAACAAAUAGACGAAGUAGAAGUCUCAUGUGAUCUCUUUCGACAAAUGCUUACGCAGCAAUCAUCUCCGUCAUCACAGCAUUCAGUGAUGCAACGCAUUGAUAAAUGGGAACGUGACUCUAUUCAGAAAGUUCGACAAACAGCAGAAGAAGCUAGACAACUACUGCUCAAAAAUUUUGAUCUGAUUAUAGCACAACUGUAUGUACCAAACAUUAGUGCUAAUACAAAAUGGAUACAAAAGGGUAUUACUGCGGCUGGUGGUAAUGGACGAGGUGUGGGAUUAAAUCAAUUAAAUUAUCCACGAAAUGUUUACAUUGACAGUGACCAGACUAUGUAUAUUGCUGAUUACUCAAAUCAUCGUGUUAUGGAAUGGAAGUAUGGAGCAACGAGUGGUCAAGUUGUUGCUGGUGGAAAUAGAUUAGGAAAUCGAACUCAUCAAUUGAAUAAUCCAUCAAACGUUAUUGUUGAUGAAGAACAAGAUUGUCUCAUCAUUUCUGAUUAUGGUAAUCGACGAGUAAUGCGAUGGCCUCGUCGAAAUGGCACAAACGGACAAAUACUCAUAUCUGAUAUUGACUGUUCGGGAUUAAUGAUGGAUAAUCAUGGAUUUCUAUAUGUUUCUGACUCACAGAAACAUGAAGUAAGACGAUGGCGAAUGGGAGAUGAGAGUGGAACCGUGGUAGCGGGUGGUAAUGGUAGAGGUAGCCGUCUGGAUCAACUCAGCUUUCCUACCUCAAUAUUUGUCGAUCGAGAUCAUUCAGUUUACGUGUCCGAUUCGGAAAAUCAUCGUGUAAUGAAGUGGAUGAAAGGUGCAAAAGAAGGUAUUGUUGUUGCCGGUGGUCCAGAUCAAAAGAAAGGCUCAAUACAAUUAUCAUCCCCUCGUGGAGUCUUCAGUGACUCGUUGGGUACAGUCUAUGUUGUAGAUUGGAGUAAUGCUCGUGUAUUAAGUUGGCCUAAAGGAGCUACUCAAGGUACUAUUAUUGUUGGUGGAAAUGGAGAAGGAGCAGAAGCUCACCAGUUCUAUUGUCCAAUGGAAGAGACAACAAUACCAAAGCAUGAACAACAUACACUGGAUACAGCUUAUAAAACUGAGAUAAGAAAUGACAAAACUCGUCUAAAUACUGAAAAUCAAUCGAAAACGAGAAGUAAUAUCUCUAAUGACUCCAAUCAACCAACAACAUCGAAAACUUCUAGUCGAGUCAUAAAUAAUGAUGAAUAUAAUAAAAAUAAUGUCAAUCAACAACGAUCUGACACUAAUAAUCGAUCAAUAAGUUCUUUAACUAACUAUCGUAUUACUUUCGAUGAUUCCGAUGAUGAUGAUGCUUCAAGUUAUAUUUCAUGGGCUAGACAAGAUAUAAUUGAAUAUCGUAAUAAUUAUCCACAUGUACGAUCAGAUUCGAAAAUAACACAAAAUUAUCGUUUUUAUACAAAUCAAUUAGAAUCUUAUCCAGAUGGUGAUCUUAUUGAUAAUAUACAUAAACUAUGGUUUCGUGAUUAUGAUAGAUUAGAAUUUCAUCAUGGUUAUACUCAAUGGUUAUUUCCAUUACAAGAAAGAGGACUUAAUUGUUAUACUGAACCAUUACAAAAACAUGAAAUUGAAUCAAUAAAAAAAGACGAAAAAGCAUUAAAACGAAUACUUACAUCUUAUGAACUUAUGCUUGAUUUUUAUGGUUUUAAAUUAAUCGAUAAAAAAACUGGUGAAAUUGAUCGUUUAUCUGGUGAUUCUUAUAAAUCACGUUUUCAUAAUCUCAAUACAUCAUCACAUAAUUAUUUACGUAUUACUCGUAUUUUAAAAUGCUUAGGUGAAUUUGGUUAUGAAUAUCUUAAAUUUCCUUUUCUUGAACAAAUAUUACGAGAAAUUAUCAUAGAAAAUACACUACCAAAUUGUCUUCAAUCAUGUAAAGAUUAUUGGAUUGAAACUUUACGUAGUCGAAAUGAGCGACAUGCUAUUCGACAAUAUGCAAGACAAUUAGUUGAAUAUCGCAAUCAGGGAUUGACAUCAAGUAAAUCUCUUCGUGCUAUAAGACCAUCAAUAACAAAAGAAACAGCAGCAAAAAAUUAA